UCCGGCGCAUUUGCCGUCGUGGUCGUCGACUUCCUCGUCUACCCGUUUGAUACGCUAAAAACCCGGAUCCAAUCCCCAAAUUACACCAAGAUAUACAAGAACCCGCACACGGGGGCUGUCAACCGGAGUUUACUCUUCAAAGGUCUUUAUCAAGGUGUCGGGAGUGUCGUCUUGGCUACUAUACCUGCUUCAGGAGCAUUCUUCACCACCUACGAAGCCCUAAAACACGCCCUCCAGAACCCUCCCUCCCCAUCCUCCCCAUCCUCCCUCCCAAUCCCCACCCCCCUCCUCCACUCCCUCGCCUCCUGCACCGCAGAAGCAAUCUCCUGCCUCAUCAUCACCCCCGCAGAGGUACUUAAGCAGAAUGCACAGGUCGUUACCACGCCUUCUACCCCCUCCACCCACCAACCCCCAAGUGGGUGGAUUAGAGGGGGUGUCCUCAUCCAAACCAUCACCAAAUUCAAAUCCAGCCCGUGGAGGCUCUGGAGCGGGUAUACGGCGCUCCUGGGACGGAAUUUACCCUUUACGGGGCUGAAUUGGCCGGUUUUUGAGUAUUUGAGGGGGUGGGGUGGGGAAGUUGUUGUGAGGAGAAGAAUGAGGGGUGGAGGUGGGGGAAAGGAAGGGGGAACGGGGGAUGGGUUGUCAAAGGUGGAAUAUGCGCUCGUUACGGGGGUAUCGGCUGCGGUGGCGGGGACGGUUUCGUCGGUGGUGACCAUGCCGGUGGAUGUGGUGAAGACGAGGAUGAUGUUGGGGGCUACUGCUUCUAAUUCUUCUUCUGGGGAGGGUGGGGAGGGGAGGAGGAGUGCGUGGGCAAUGGGAAAGAAGGUGGUCAGGGAGGAGGGGGUAAGAGGAUUAUUCAAAGGAGGUGCUAUUCGGUCGUUGUGGACGGCGGUCUCGUUUGGGGUUUAUUUGUGUAUGUAUGAGGGGGGAAAGGGGAUUCUGGAGGAUAGACGCCGGGAGAGGGGGGAUUCGGGUUAG